AUGUCUCUUCAAUUUUUCAUUCUGAUGUGCCACAUCAUACGUAUGACCUUUGGGCUCGAGAUGCUGCACAUGAGGAUAACUCGCCUCCGGGAUGGAAUGUUCGGCGUGGAUUACUCCACCACGAAUGAAUUUGCCGAUGGAUACCAGAGCAUUCGAGUAUCGGUUGAAACGAUAAGUGACAGCUUUGGAAAAUCGGCAGUGGGUCAAUUAGCUUGGAAAGAUCUCAAGAAAUUGAAAACGGAUCAAUUCAAUCAAUUAGCUCACGUGGCUAUUGUGGACAAAUCCCCCAAGUGGGAGAAGUUUUGGACAUUUUGGGAAUGGAAAGGCAUUGGCCAGGUUUAUUACUCUUACAAAUCGGAAGAUGACAUACGCGUUUUCAUCAACAAGGAGUUCAGCAAACACAUCGCCGAUGGCAUUCGCUGCAUGAGAAUAUUGCCCAUAAACGGUAGAAUUUGGAUCGAUUACAGCACUGGACUACCCGGUACCGGAGGAUACUUGACUGAUUGGAUACCAUUAACAGCAGCAAUUGAAAGCCUUGAGGGAUCUCCAGAAGGCAGCAAAUCGAUCAAACUUAUCAAGUACUUUGCCAAGCUUAACGGUAACAACAACAAGUCGGUGACCAAAAGAGAUCUUGUGGCGAUUCCAGUGGAUCUUCAACAAAAGUCAAACACAUGGAAAAACUUUUCUGGUUUUGAUUCCAAUAGGAAUGCAUACCUUUCCCAUUAUCUGGUUGAUCCUGAAGUGGCCAUCUUGAUCAACAAAACGUUUUGCAGAAUUUGA